AUGUCCGCCCAUCCCUUGGACCCCGCCACCCCCGAGGAAAUCCAGCGGGCGACCGACCUGGUCAAGGCCGCCUAUGCUGGCGUCCCGCUGCACUUCAAGGCCGCCGGCCUGGAGGAGCCCCCCAAGGCCCAGAUGGUCGAGUAUCUCGACGCCGAGCACAACAACCGGCCGCUGCCCUACAUGCCGCGCUGCGUCUUCCUCAUCUGGUACAUCAAGCGCACCCCGCGUCUCUUCGAGGCCAUUGUCGAUGUCACCGGCAACCAGAUCGUCCACCAUGUCGAGCUGCCGCGCGACUUCCACGGCCCCGUCGACCGCACCGAGAUGAACGAGGCCGCCCAGGUGGUCAUGGCCGACCCCCGCGUCAAGGAGGAGAUCAAGCGCCUCAAGAUCGACGACACCACCGUCGUCCUGGACCCCUGGGACUACGGCGUCGACGGCACCGAGACCCAGGAGCGCCACACCCAGGUCUUCAUGUACAUGCGCAACCCGGACAACAACGACCCGGACUCCAACCACUACUGCUUCCCCCUGGACUUCAUGGUCAUCGUCGACCUGUGCGCCAUGAAGGUCAAGAAGAUCAUCCGCCUGCCCCUGGGCGCCGACGCCAGCACCACCGCCGGCCAGAACGUGCCCCAUCGCCGCACCAACCCCUACGAGGCCGAGUACGACCACCGCCUGCAGAAGAACCCCCCGCGCACCACCAUGAAGCCCUACCAGGUUGUCCAGCCCGAGGGCGCCUCCUUCACCGUCACCGGCCACCUCAUCGAGUGGGAGAAGUGGCGCUUCCGUGUCGGCUUCAACUGGCGUGAGGGCUUGACUCUUCACGAUCUCUCCUUUGAUGGAACCAGCGCCUUCUACCGUCUGUCGCUCUCGGAGAUGUUCGUCCCCUACGGCGACCCCCGUAACCCCAUCUACCGCAAGGGUGCCUUUGAUCUGGGCAACGUCGGUGCCGGUGUCACCGCCAACAACCUUCAGCUCGGCUGUGACUGUCUCGGCAUGAUCAAGUACAUCGACGGCUGCGUCGUGGCCGCCGAUGGCACGCCGGCGCCUCGCCCCAACGCCAUCUGCAUCCACGAGGUCGACAACGGCAUCCAGUGGAAGCACACCAACCACCGCACCGGCAAGGCCACCGUCGUGCGCAAGCGCCAGCUGGUGCUGCAGACCAUCAUCACCGUCGCCAACUACGAGUACAUCUUCAUGUGGUACUUUGACCAGUCCGGUGAGAUCACCUUCGAGACCCGCGCCACCGGUAUCCUCUCCACCCAGCCCAUCGGCGAGAAGGUCAAGGUCCCCUGGGGCGCCCGCGUCGCCGACGGCGUCAUGGCCCCCUACCACCAGCAUCUGUUCAAUCUGCGCAUCGACCCCGCCGUCGGUGGCCAUCUCAACAGCUUUGCCUCGACCGACUCGGUCGCCAUCGACUGGGACGAGGAGCUCAACCCCCUCGGCACCGGCUACAUCACCCAGCAGACCAUCCUCGACCGUGCCGGCCACGUCGAAGACGACAUCUCCAAGGGCCGUGUCUUCAAGAUCCUCAACGAGAACAUCGAGAACCCCGUCUCGCUCACUCCCAUCGGCUACAAGCUGGUUCCUCUCCGCUCUCAGCUCCUCCUCGCCAAACCCGGCACCUGGCACGACCGCCGCUCCGAGUUCUGCGAGCACUCCAUCUGGGUCACCAAGCACAAGGACCGCCAGCUGUUCCCCGCGGGUGACUACACCAACCAGUCGCUGGGCGGCACCGGCAUCAAGUCGUGGCUGGCUCAGGGCCGCGAUGUCGUCCGCAACCAGGACAUUGUCAUCUGGCACACCUUCGGCUUCACCCACAACCCCCGUACCGAGGACUUCCCCAUCAUGCCUGCCGAGAUUGGCCAGGUCCAUCUGAAGCCGUACAACUUCGCCCUCUACAACCCCACCAACGACGUGCCCCCUUCGAACCAGGCGUUCAACCAGAGCACCGAGUACAAGCCCGCUGCUGAUGCCCAGACAUCGAGCUGCUGCAUCCGGGGGAACCUGUGA